GCUGAAGCUUGAAGGCAAGAAAAUAAGAAAUCUGUCUCGGUCGCCUAGCAACACAAUAAAAAUAAACAAACUGAAAAUGUUAAAUCUUUACUUAAUGUGAAAUAAAAAGGAACAUUUUUAAUAUGUCUGGGCCUAAACUAUUGUAUACAAUAGAGCAGCCACAUGGGUUGGGCGAGCUAUAUUUCAUGUGGCAGAAGGGUGAGGCUGGAUCCUUGCUUGCCACCACUGGGACGGAUGCCACAGUUGCGAUCCACGACCGAUCUGGUCAGCUUUUGGAAAGAAUUAAAUUACCCGGAUUAUGUGCUGGCAUGGAGUGGGACAAUGAUGGUGAUUAUCUUGCCAUGAUAACACCAAACAGCAACUCAGUUUUUCUAUGGGAAUGCCAUGCCAAUAAGAAAAUAAAUAUUGACACAGGUCUGAGAGAGCCACCUUCAUGUUUGGCUUGGUCUUACGGAGAACCACUAUUAGCAGUUGGUACUCAAAAAGGAAAUUUAGCACUGUAUCAUCAUCAUACCACUAAGAGAAUACCCAUAAUAGGGAAGCACAGCAAGAAAAUAACAUGUGCUGCUUGGAACAGAGACAGUAUACUUGUCCUUGGAUCAGAUGAUAAGAGUUUAUCAAUCAACAACUCGGAUGGAGACACCCUCAGGGUAAUCACUCUGAGAGACAUACCAAAUGAUCUACAAUUUUCAGAGAUGAAGACAGAUGAAAGAGUUGCUGGCGAAAAUACUAUAAGUCUCAUUGUUGGCAAACGAACACUAUACCUGUACAACUUGUUAAAUCCUGAAAAUCCUAUAGAGCUUGCCUUUCAACAGCGAUAUGGUUCGAUUAUCUCAUACAAGUGGUAUGGAGAUGGGUAUAUUCUGAUAGGGUUUAGUGCUGGAUUUGUGAUUGCAAUAUCCACACACAUAAAGGAAGUGGGGGAAGAGUUAUUUCAAGUUAAGAAUCAUAAGGACAGUUUGACGGAUGUUGCUAUAUUCAAUGGCCAAGCAGCAUCUUGUGGUGAUGGGCAGCUAAAGCUAAUCUCCGUGUGGAACAAUGGAGAAGUCUGCGGCUCGGUGACUCCGUCUGGCGGGGCGGAGCGAUGUGCGUGGAGCGCGGACGGGCGCCUGCUCGCCGCAGCGGGUCGAGCGUACUUGAACGUGUACGUGACUGCGCUGCCGCCGCUGUACGCUGCGUACGGAACCCGGGUGCUGACGCUGACCAACCUCGCCGAGGUCACCGUGUAUCAGUGUAUUGCGGUGGGCGAUGAACCGGAACCGGUUAACAGAGCGGAACCAGCAGCCCUCGCGACGUACGCGCUGACAGUGGAGCCGACGUGGAUCGCGCUGGGCGCGGCGCACGUGUGCUGCGCGAGCGGCGCCCACGCGUGGUUCUACCCGCUGGGCGGCGGCGCGCCGCUGCGCCGCCAGUACCCCGCGCCCGCGGACGCGCUGCGCGUGGCCGGCCGGUACGCCGCCGCGCUCUUCCAGGGGCGGGCCAUGCUGCAUUCCAUUGAACCACCGGACCCUUCAGAACCAGAGAAAGAAGCUAUGUUGUUUCCAGAACCGCACAUGGCUAAUGCUAAAAUAGUCGAUAUUCAUCUCACGAGCGAUUUCUUUAUUUUUGUUACGGAUGAGGGCGACAUCGAGUACAUCGGGCUGGAAGAGUGGCGGCGCUGCGUGCGCUACAAGCACUCGUGCGGCGUGCUGGCGCUGCACGCCGACAUCAGCGGCGCGCGCGCCCUGCUGCUGGACGCGCGGCGCCGCGCGCACGUGUACUGGCCCGCCGCGGGCGAGCUGUGCGCCGUGCCGCCGGUCAGCUGCAAGAGCGUGGUGUGGGACAUCUGCCUGUCGGACCGCAACGUGUUCGGCGUGCACACGGGCGCGGCGCUGAGCACGUUCCACUUCGCGCCGCACUCCACGCGCGGCGCGCACGUGCAGCUCGUGGCCAGCACGCCGCUGCAGCCCGACCACGUGCCGCUCAUACUCUUCUCCGGCGACGUCUACUGCUAUGCGAGCGGUGGCAACGUAAUAAAAGUUGCCCUCGACUCGCACAACACGAGCGGGCUGGCGGAGCCGGACACGGAGAAGCGCGUCGCGAACCAAAAGCGGCACAUCGGCAAGCUGCUGCUGCUGCGGCGCUUCGCCGAGGCGUGGCUCUUCUGCGACGCGGUGGACGAGCCCGCCGUGUGGCGCGCCCUGGGGGAGGCCGCCAUCGCCGACCUCAAUGUGGACUUUGCAAUCAGAGUGUACACAAGACUGAACGAUGUAGCUAUGGUUUGGGCUCUGGAAGACGCUUCACACGUAGAAGAGUUACCCAUUUUGUGUGGGUUACUCUGCGCGUGCCUAGACAAGGGCGACGCCGCGUUGCGCUGGCUGGAGGGGAGCGCGGGGGGGCGGUACGCGCUGGAGCUGCAGGCGGCGCGCGGCGAGUGGGCCCGCGCGGCGCAGCUAGCGCGCACGGCGUGCCCCGCCGCUGCGCCCUACCUCACGCUGCACCACGCGGCGCAUCUGGACCUCACAGCUAAUUAUCACGACGCACUUGCGACUUACGAGAAAAGCAUAAUAAAUGAAAACCUAGAUGACGUAAAAGUUAAAGAACACAAUGCAAAAUGUGAAGCUGGCAUCGCUCGGAUGUCCAUUAGAUGUGGUGAUAUAAUGCGCGGUGUCACAACUGCAAUGAAAUACUCUCAUGAUGUGAAUCUGCUUAAAGAUUGCGCUAUGUUACUUGAAGAAGAAAAACAGUACAGUCACGCGGCUGCCCUGUAUGAUCACGCAGGAAAUACGGAAAAGGCGGCAUCACUGUAUAUAAAACUUAAAUCUUGGUUGAAAGUUGAAGCGCUCAUACCUAAAAUCAAUUCGCCGAGCAUUCACUUGCAAUAUGCCAGAGCUAAGGAAGCAGAAGGACGAUACGCCGAUGCUCUCAAAUCUUAUUUGAAAGCCCAAGACUAUGAAUCAGCUAUACGUCUCAAUUUAGACAAGCUUGACGAUAUAGACGAAGCUGUUAGUUUGGUUCAAGAAUCUAAAUCAAUUCAGGGAGCCAAAAUGGUUGCAAAUUAUUUCCAAAACAGCGAUGAUCCCACAUCGGCAAUAAAAUUCCUGGUCAUGUCUUUAUGUUAUGACGAAGCAUUUCAAUUGGCUAGAAAAAAUGGAAAAUUGCAAUUAUAUGGAGAAAUUUUAAUCCAGACAUCGCAAGCGAGACCUGAGGAUUUCAAAAGCCUAGCCAUACAUUUCGAAGGGGAGAAGAAUCACCUGUUGGCUGGGAAGUUCUAUUUCCAUGCCGGAGAAUACAACAAAGCGAUGUCUCAUUUAUUGAAAGUUGGUGGCUCUGAAGACGAGGAAAAUGAAGCUAUUACAAUUGCUAUCGAUACAGCUGCAGCAAGUGAUGACGAAAGACUGACAAGAAGGUUGAUCGAAUUUCUGCUAGGAGAGACAGAUGGCAAUCCGCGAGAUCCACGACAUUUGUUCCGUUUGUAUAUGGCUAAGAAACAAUUUACGGAAGCGGCUAAAACUGCUGUGAUAAUCACGGCGGGCUCGUGCGAGGCGGGGCGCUACCGCGAGGCGCGCGCGGUGGCGCGCGGGCUGGCCGGCGCCCUGCGCGCGCGCGCCCUGCCCGCGCCCCGCGACCUGCGCCGCGCCCUCGCCCUGCUGCACUCCUACAUACUGGUACGAACACACGUGAGGAGAGGGCGUCACGACUUGGCCGCUAGGCUGCUGUUGCGGAUUGCUGCUGAAGUUUCCUUUUUCCCCACGCAACAACACCAAGUCUCAAUCUUAACAUCGACGGUGAUCGAGUGCGUGCGCGCCGGCCUCAAGGCGGACGCGCACCACUGGGCGCGCGUGCUCAUGCAGCCGCAAUACAGGGAUCAGAUAGACCCCAAGUACUCCAAGAAGAUCGAAUGGGUGGUCCGGCACCCGCCGCGCGCGGGGGCGCCGGGUGCGCCGCUGGUGCCGCACGUGCCGCUGGAGCCGCACGCGCCGCCGUGCCCGCAGUGCGGCGCGCCGCUGGCGGCCGCCGAGCUGCACUGCGCGCGCUGCGAGGCGGACGUGCCCUUCUGCUUGGCGACCGGUCUUCACAUUGUCAAAGAUGAUCUCACAGCAUGUCCGGAAUGCGACUUUCCAGCUAUCUUAAGUGAAUUCACUGAAAUCCUGCGUGAAGAAGGCAAGUGCCCGAUGUGCGAAGAGACCGUGGAUUAUCGGCGUUUGGUGAAAAUUGAUGACGUCACUCUUUAUUUAGAUCUUAAUACUGGAGAAUAGAAUACUAUAUGAGAGACGUUAGAAUUAAGCAGACUCCAUAAAAUUAUUUUCGUACCAACUGUAGGAUGCUAGUUUAUUUCCUUUAUCGGGAAAUAUAAGACAAAGUAAAUGUAACUUUCGAGUUAGUUAUUUCUAUAUUUUAUCUUUAGAAACACCGCCGAAACUUUUAAAAUAUGCAUACUAUGGCACACUUUAAUAUUAAGGUGAAUUGCUUUGAGAAAAGCAUUGACAUUGACAGUCAUACUAAAAACAACUUGACUCAAAAUCAAAACUUCCGAAGCAAAUCUCUGCCUAUGCGUGUAUUAAGGAGACUUCUAAUGAGCGAUACAAUCCAAUAUACUUUCAACAUUACUGCCCCGAAAUAAGGUUUUAAUUUCAAUGCAUUUUUUAAACAACGACUCGGCUAGUGGAGUAUUUUUUUAUUUCCUUUUUAUAGGUGACAGUGAGUCUAAUAGGUUAAUAGAGUCAAAAACAUCAUGUAUGAAUGAAAAAUCGACGUAUAAAUACGACUGUGUUAAAGAAAGUAUUAAAAUAGUUCUAAUAAAUGGUAUGAAGGUACUGUGAUCUUACAUCCGUCCAAUUUUAGCCUCAAUUUUGUCGUUGAGGCUCUAAAUUUUUACAUUCCGUAAGAUUUUAGAAUUGUCAGUUAAUUAGUGUAAGCUUUAUUUUGUACUAAAUGAAAUUUUGAAAUUAA